GCUUUCUACUCAGGGUUUUUUCUUCCUGUUCAGAGCAGAAAUGUUUAUGUUAAGAAACUGGCUGUUGUUUUUUUCCCUACAAUUUUAAUUAUAAGCUAGAUAUAUUUCUACUAAUGAAAUUAGUUUGCUAACUGAUUCUCGAGUAUUGAGCAAUUCGUUCAUGAUUCGUACAUCACUACAGUCUGUUUCCUCACCUCAGUUCACUGGCCAGAUGUUUGGUCUCCAUAAAUACACUUAGCUUAAAGAGUGAACUGUCUGCUCGGAGUUUCCUAAAACGUUUAAGUAUGUUUGGCUUCACACCAACAAACAGACCCAGCUUUGGUAAAAACAAACAAACAAACUAAACUAAUUAACCAAAGUUUGUAUGACCCAAGCUGUGUUAAGUGGCGAUGUCACUAGCGUCAUGUAAAUCAGCCAAAGGUUAGCUAAAUUUAACUUUUUUAAGAUUAUUCAUUAUUCUAACAUUUGUUGUGAAUGUUUUAGUGAAAUGAAACCCUGUACUUACUUUUAAAAGUUUAUUUCUGGACCAGUUCGCUUCGACCAUUUAAAAAAAAAAAAACAAUGUCUUCAACGCUGUCACAUGAACUGCAUCGCCGUGGUGACGAUAUUUGUUUGCCGUUUUCACGGACGCCUCGUGUGUCUGAAUAUCACCAGGUAAACACAAGACAGUUUCCAAUAUUUUAUUGGUCAAGAGCAACAAGACAGACAGACUGUGUUAAAAUUAACCUCACAAAUGUCACAUAUGAAAUAUUCGGUGUUUAUUUCCUGGUUUGUCGGUAGCGGCUCCUGAAAAGCAAGUCUACCACACAUCUGUGUGACCAUCACCAGUUAAUCAGUAACACCAGUUAGUCUGUAACACCGGCAAUAUUUAUUCCCUUGGUUUGUUGCUGUGUGUGAAUGCCAGAAGGUGAGUUCUGAUUACAUUAUGUUAUGUAGGUUAAAUGCUCUUGGGUGUAUUUGUUCACUUGAGUGUAUGCAAAUGCUGUUUUUGCAAAUGCACUAUUCAAGCUACUAAGCUGUUGUGUUGUGACAACGCCCGUCUCUGCGAUUCUUUUGGUCCUGGUAGAGAUCACGCUGAGAUGUUUCCAUGUUUUACACAAUCCUUUUAUUACCCAUUAUUCUUACAGAUGCAUCUGGAGAUCAGCACACUGCAUCCUAUGCAGUCCUAUGCUAAAGGCUGAUCUGCAGAACUCCACACAAUAGUUACAGUUAAAACCUCUGGUCUCCUCCCCCCUACAGUAAACACCCCCACAAUGGAAAUACACUAGUAGAGUGGCCAAGGAUGCUGACCCCCAUCUCCUUUUAAGCACCUCCUCUCUGUCCACGUGUUUCCUCGUUCCCUCCCCCUCAGAGCUGCACUUUGAAAAUGGGUGUAACCAACAUGUGGUGACGUGUAAGAGCUCACACAGGCUCCAUUCACUGCAGAAACACAUGUUGUUGAGAUCAGAGCUCAGACUAGUUUCCGUUAUAAGGAAGAGAAACUCACACAGUCACUGACACUGAGAGGAGAAAUGGCGCAGAAAGGAGUUCAGCUGGACCAAGAAGCCUUCUCUUGUUCCAUCUGUUUGGAUCUACUGAAGGAUCCAGUGACUAUUCCCUGUGGACACAGUUACUGCAUGAACUGUAUUAAAGCACACUUUGAUGAAGAGGACAGGAAGGGAAUCCACAGCUGCCCUCAGUGCAGGAAGACUUUCACACCGAGGCCUGUCCUGGAGAAAAGCAUCAUGUUAGCUGAGUUGGUGGAGGAGCUGAAGAAGACUGGACUCCAAGCUGCUCCAGCUGAUCACUGCUAUGCUGGACCUGAAGAUGUGGCCUGUGAUGUCUGCACUGGGAGGAAACUGAAAGCCAUCAAGUCCUGUUUAGUCUGUGUGAUCUCGUACUGUGAGAAACACCUCCAACCUCACUAUGAUGCAGCUCCAUUAAAGAAACACAAGCUGGUGGCCCCCUCCAAGAAGCUCCAGGAGAACAUCUGCUCUCGUCAUGAUGAGGUGAUGAAGAUUUUCUGUCGUACUGAUCAGCAGAGUAUCUGUUAUCUCUGCACAAUGGAUGAACAUAAAGGCCAUGAAACAGUCCCAGCUGCAGCAGAAAGGACUGAGAAGCAGAAGGAGCUCGAGGUGAGACGACUAAACAUCCAGCAGAGAAUCCAGGAGCGAGAGAAAGAUGUGAAGCUGCUUCAACAGGAGGUGGAGGCCAUCAAUGGCUCUGCUGAUAAAGCAGUGGAGGACAGUGAGAAGAUGUUCACUGAGCUGAUCCGUCUCAUCCAGAAAAGAAGCUCUGAUGUGAAGCAGCAGGUCAGAUCCCAGCAGGAAACUGAAGUGAGUCGAGUCAAAGAGCUUCAGGAGAAGCUGGAGCAGGAGAUCGCUGAGCUGAAGAGGAAAGACGGCGAGCUGGAGCAGCUCUCACACACAGAGGAUCACAACCAGUUUCUACACAACUACCCCUCACUGUCAGCACUCAGUGAGUCUACACACUCAUCCAGCAUCAAUAUUCGUCCUCUGAGGUACUUUGAGGAUGUGACAGCAGCUGUGUCAGAGACCAGAGAUAAACUACAGGACAUUCUGAGAGAGGAAUGGACAAACAUCUCACUGACAGUCACUGAAGUGGAUGUUUUACUGUCACCACCAGAGCCAAAGACCAGAGCUGGAUUCUUAAAAUAUUCACGUGAAAUCACACUGGAUCCAAACACAGCAUACACACAUCUGUUAUUAUCUGAGGGGAACAGAAAAACAACAUUUAUGAACCAACAACAAUUUUAUUUUGAUCAUCCAGACAGAUUCACUGGAUGUUAUCAGGUUUUGAGUAGAGAGAGUCUGACUGAAUGUUGUUACUGGGAGGUGGAGUGGAGAGGAAGAGGAGUUUGUGUAGCAGUUGCAUACAAGAAUAUCAGCAGAAAAACUGGCCUAAAUGAAUGUUUUCUUGGAUACAAUGACAAAUCUUGGGCAUUACGUUGUGACACAAGCAGUUAUAAAUUUUGGCACAACAAAGUCCAAACUGUCCUCUCAGGUCCUCGGUCCUCCAGAGUAGGAGUGUACCUGGAUCACAGAGCAGGUAUUCUGUCUUUCUACAGCGUCUCUGAAACCAUGACUCUCCUCCACAGAGUCCAGACCACAUUCACUCAGCCGCUCUAUGCUGGAAUUCGGUUUUGUCACUCUGAUGGAGACACUGUAGAGUUGAUUAAAGUCAAAUAGAGAAGACAGGUUCAUGUUGAUCCCUGACCAUUAUAUGUACUUGUGUAGUUUCUAAAUGAGGCUUUACAUUUUAGAAGCUGAGAAGUUCAGUGGUCCAUUGAUGUGUGAAAAUAAUAUUGCACUGAUUCAAACUGUACUUACAUUUAUAUACCUUACAUCAAUAUAAAUCUGAAUUUGUUCUUAUGGCUGAUAAUCAUGGCACAACCUCAAUUCCAAUGAAGUUGAGACAUUGUGUAAAUAAAAACAGAAUACAAUGAUUUUCAAAUCCAAAAGCCAGCAUCUGUGACGGUAUGGGGGUGUGUUAGUGCCCAUUGCAUGGGUAACUUGCAUAUCGAUGAAGGCACUAUUCAUGCUGAAAGGUACAUACAGGUUUUGGAGCAACAUAUGUUGCCACAUCUUUUUCAUCUCAAUUCAGAACCAAGAAAUUUAAGGUCAUCCAUCCUUUAUGUCUUUAAGGCAUUCCUGCAGUUAAUUAAUUGUUUUUUGCCAUCUAGUGCUGUGGAUAGAUAAAGAUGGGUUACAUCUGCAUAGCAAUGAAAAUAUAUGACAUGCCUCCGAAUCAUACUGCGUAAAGGAAACUUGUAUAAUGUAAACAAAGUAUAUUUAAACUUUUUAAAUAUAAAAGCAAAUAAUACGGACCUGUAUAUUGUGGAGAAUAGACAUGUUUAUUUGCCCUAAGCUGAGUCCUUUAAAUAGUUCAAUCUGACUGAAUGUGCAGCCGCUGUACAGAGACAGAGUGGGUGCAGUUUGAACAGUUUCUGUUUUAAAAGUUGGAAUGUUUGGCUAUACAUGGAAAUAUUUAUUGUGCACUCACACAAUUUUGACUCUUUCUGUGUGGAAAUAGUAGCUUUUGAUUUCGUGGUUUUGAAAUGAGGGAAGAUACAAAAGUAAAAUGUGCAGCAAACAUGACAGAAUUAUACAAUGGAAUGACCAUAAAAAUCCCCAAUCUGACCUUGACCAUAAAAUUGACAAAUGGACUUUAACAAUGCAUUUCUGUGCUCAGCAAGUCACGAUGAACCUGAAAACUGAUUACUAACACAAGAGAUGUGCCUUCACCCUGCUAAAAGGGAUGGAGUGGAUGUUAAGGUAGCUCAGCUCAGAUUGUCCACAUGUUUUGUAUUCUGCUAUGUUUUCAGGCUGAUUAAAACCUAAAUAAUAAAGUGCAUUGUGUCAUUAAUAAUGGUAAUCUGUAUCAGAAUUUCAGAAAUGUGUCUGUCCUGCACCUGGUGAAAUCUGUCAUCAAAUCAGAACAUUAACAGUGUAUUAAACACAUAUUAUUGUGUAUCAUGUCAUCAGGAAUGUUUUUGACAAGAAUUAUAAGACACUAGUGAUUUUAAUGUAUUUUAAUGUAUGUAAUGUAUUUUAAUGUAUGUAAUGUAUGUCUGUAACACAUUUCAUUUUUUUCCACAAGAGUAAACAUGUGAUUUAUGUCUAUUUCAUUUUUCUUUUUUUUACCUUGUAAUUAGUUCCCACAGUGAAUUCAUCAUGUAAAUCUCUAAUAA